AUGUCUGUGGGGCCCGAGACAGGGGAGGGCCCCCAGGGGGCCCCCUCUCCAUCAUCAUCUAUGGGGGCCCCACUGUUAACACAAGAAAUACCCUUAGGGUGCCUCCUUCCUGCUCAUUCUCCUCCCCAGGGGCCCCCCUCUCCUCUAUUUCGUUCCAACAAGGGGGCCCCCCCUCAGGGUACUGUACCCUCUACCCGCCGUCAGCUGCCGCCCUUCCUUGGGCCCUCCUUUACUAAAGAAGACAGCAGCAACUUGGGGGCCCUCUUUGUCCGUCUUCCUAUAGAAGGGGGGCCCCCCGAGGGGACCCAAGGGGGGCCCCCAGGGGUGACCCCAGGGGGGGCCCCUAAGGGGCCCCGCCAAGUACCCUUUUACCUUAUGCCGCUGUCUUUUAUUGCUGCAGCAAUACCUGAGGUAUUAGGAGAUGUAGAGUUUAUAGGGGCCCAGCUGCUGCAGGACCCAGAGGCAGCAGCAGCAGCAGCACGCAGCAGCAGCAGCAGCAGCAGCAGCAGCAAUGGACUAAAGACAGAGGGUACAGGGAGAGAGAGGGGCCCCAUGCAACCUGCUAUACUUAAGAGGGGCCCCUCAAGAGGAGAGGGCCCUUUGGGUAUUCGCAGACGCCUGGAGUCUCCUCUGCAGCAGCAGCAGCAGCAGCAACAGCAGCAGCAACAGCAGCAGCAGCGCAUCAAUCCCUCACCAGGAGGGGGCAGCCAGCAGCAAAUACCUACUGCAGGGGGCCCCUCAGGCGAUCUGCUGCUGCUGCGGUUUGCUGCGACAAUCCAAAGCAGCAGCAGCAGCAGCAGCAACAGCAGCAGCAGCAGCAGCAGCAGCAGCAGAGUUACAUGGAAUGAAGUGCUGCGGCCUAUACCUGUAGAAGUGCAGCAGCAAGGGCCCCCCCGUGCAGCAGCAGCAGCAGCAGCAGCAGCACCGCGGACCCCACUCAGCCCUAUUACAAGCUCGCAGCAGCAGCAGCGGCAGCAGCAGCAACAGCAGCAGCAGCAGCAGCGGGUGCGCCUUGUAUACGUAGGUAUAUCCGGUCUACUGCUGCUGGGGCCCCAAGAGGGGCCCCCUCGUCCUGCUGCUGCUCUUGCUGCUUUCCCUCCCUGCAGCGCUGCAGUGUAUGCGCAGCAUGCUGCUCUAAGCAGCAGCAGCAGCAGCAGCAGCAGCAAGAGUUUGCUGCAGCUGCUGCCACCUCCUCUUAGAGCAGCUGCGGCAGCAAUUUUGCCCAGUGGGGGUGCCUCAGCAGCAGCAACAGCAGCAACAACAGCAGCAGCAGCAGCAGCAGCAGCAGAUGGAGCAGCAGCAGCAGCAACACCAGCAGCAGCAGAUGCUGCAGCAGGACCAUCACCAGCAUCAAUAGAAACACCAAGAACACCUGCAUCUACCCAACAGGAAGGAGGAGGAGCAGCAGCAACAGAAGCAGCAGCAGCAGCAGCAGCAGCAGCAGGUAGACAUGGUGCAUGCGCUGCUGGUGCUUCUUGUAAGAAAGUGCAGCAACGGCUAUUGGGUGUAAUGAGGAGGGAGGAAGCUGCUGCUGCUGCUGCUGCUGCUCGUUCCUUACGCUUAAUACUGCAACAGCAGCAGCAACAGCAGCAGCAGCAGCAGCAGCAGCAGCAGGGUAAUGACGACUGGGCUACCGUAGGGCACGGAGAUGCCUGCGCAUGCAGCAGCAGCAGCAGCAGCAGCAGCAGCAGCGAAGAUGAAGAUGCAGCAGAGACAGCAGCAGCACUCUUCCCUCUUCUUGGCAGCAAAACACCAGACAAAGAAGCAGCAACUCCCAGGGCAGCAGCAGCAGCAGCAGCAACAGCAGCAGGAACACCCACAGCAGCAGCAGCAGGAAGAGGAGAAGCUGCUGCUGCUGCUGCUGCAGCAGCAGCAGAUGCAGGAAUAAAGAGGGAAGAGGCUUCUUCUUUAAUGGAGACAGACACCCGAGAAGGAGACACCAUUAAAAAGGAGACAACUGCAGCAGCAGCAGCAGCAGCAGCAGCAGCAGAAUCUCCUGCUGCAGCAGCAGCAUCUGCUGCAGCAUCAUCAGAUGCAGCAACAGGAGAAGAUGCUGCUGCUGCUGCUGCUGCUGCUGCUGUUGCUGCACUACCUUUAUCCUUAAGAGAUCCAUGGGCAGCAUUUGAAGAAAAUAAAGAAUGCAAACAGCGCGACAAAGGGAGCCAACAACAAGAGCAGCAGCAGCAACGCCACCACCACCAGCAACAGCAGCAACAGCAGCUGCAGCAGCAGCAGCAGCAGCAGCAGCAGCAGCAGCAAGAAACGUCGAGGAGAGAAAUGGGUAUUAUGCAAAGUAUUUAA